CUUUGGCAUGUGGUCGCAGUUAGCUGAAAAUCCAUGAAGAGGCCAGUACUACGUUAGUUGUAGUUGUUCAUUCCGUCACCGCCCCUUUCCCACAGCUACUAUUUGCCUUUGAAGAUUCGUGAAACUCUUUGUUCGAUUCUCAGUUUACGAGUCCCGAUAGCGUACUCUCAGAGGUCGAUUAGUAUUUCUCGCGCUCUAGCUCUACAAAUUUUGUUGUGGGGAGCCAUGAAAGUCUGUCCUCUGCUGUCGGUGGUGAGAAAAGUGCGCUGUCUACCACAAGGCGUGUAGUAUAGAGGUAGCGGGAACCGCCCUCUAAUAUGGUCAUGGCGGCAUUAGCUCCAACCCAAGCUACUGGCUGUACUGCUUCAUUUCAAGUGGUGCGCAAGCCAUCAGCAUUGAAGGAUGCAAGACUUACACAGAUUAAUGCCCUAUCGUCUUCUUCUAUAAACGGGGCCGCUGGCGUGUUUGCACGCGAUGCAACUGCGAAGGAUGUGCACACUAGGGAUCAAGAUGAUAUCCGAACGUACAAAGGCCACGAGCGCCCCGACUCCUUCGGAAGAUACGGAAUUUAUGGAGGAAAGUAUGUUCCUGAGACUCUUAUGGAUGCUCUUAGUAAUCUGGAGGUUGCAUAUCGUGCGACAAUCAAGGAUCCCGAAUUCCAGAAGGAGCUCAAUGACGUACUUAAGGAUUACGUGGGUAGGGAAACACCUCUGUACUUCGCUGAACGUCUGACAGAGCACUACAAACGUGACGGGAAAGGACCUCUGAUUUAUCUGAAGAGAGAGGAUCUUAACCACACUGGCGCUCAUAAGAUCAACAAUGCAAUUGCCCAAGCCCUGUUGGCAAAGCGGAUCGGGAAGAAGCGCAUUAUUGCCGAGACAGGAGCAGGCCAGCACGGUGUUGCCACCGCCACAGUGUGUGCUCGCUUUGGACUGGAGUGCAUUGUAUAUAUGGGCGCUCAGGAUAUGGAGAGGCAAGCCCUCAACGUAUUCCGAAUGCGUCUUCUUGGAGCUGAGGUUCGUCCUGUUAAUUCUGGCACCGCCACUUUGAAGGAUGCCACUUCAGAGGCUAUUCGCGAUUGGGUUACGAAUGUGGAAACUACUCACUACAUUCUUGGCUCAGUUGCCGGACCGCACCCUUACCCUAUGAUUGUGCGAGACUUUCAUGCAAUGAUUGGAACAGAGGUUCGUCGCCAGGCAAUGGAAAAGUGGGGUGGUAAGCCCGAUGUUCUUGUAGCGUGUGUGGGAGGAGGCUCCAAUGCCAUGGGGUUGUUCCAUGAAUUUAUUGAAGAUGAGGACAUCCGUCUCAUUGGUGUCGAAGCAGCUGGCUUUGGUACCAAUACAAGCAAGCAUGCUGCAACCCUGACCAUGGGAGAAGUCGGUGUCUUACAUGGUGCAAUGAGUUAUUUGCUCCAGGAUGGUGAUGGCCAGAUUAUCGAGCCACAUUCUAUUAGUGCGGGGUUGGAUUACCCAGGUGUUGGUCCCGAACACAGUUUCCUGAAGGAUGUUGGUCGAGCAGAAUACUUCAGCGUGACUGACGAUGAAGCCCUCGAGGCAUUCCAGAGGUUGUCCAAGUUGGAGGGCAUCAUUCCGGCACUGGAGACAUCCCACGCGCUGGCCUUUUUGGAGACGCUUUGCCCCACACUUGAGGAUGGCACCCGAGUGGUCCUCAAUUGCAGUGGCCGUGGUGACAAGGAUGUCAACAGCGUGAUCGGUUACCUGAAAGGAAAAUAUUGAAUUUCACUUCAAAUAUGUGUUACUGUUGGACUGAUUAUAUCUAGUGUAUCAGUUCAAUUCUACCUUCCCAGAUUUUGUAGGGAGCCAAUUCAGCCCUUUGAAAGAUGAGUUACCAGAAGAGCGUGUCAGGUAUUGGCAAGCGAUCGGUCAAAUUUUGGUUAGAACUGAAUCUGUUGUAAAAAUAGUUCACUGGUAAAGGACUGUCCUUAGAAUGUAGGAAUGAAAGUCUUGGAUGCUUUUUAAGGUUUUUGUCAAUCUAAAGGCAAGUUUGCAGCCUUGCUAAUUGCAACGUUAAAAUAGAUUGUCCUACACCUUCUUGGAGAUGUCAUUAAACGAGCGCACCCACUUGAAAAAUAUUUGAAAUAUAGAAAAUAUUGAUAAGGACUUA